UUAAAAAAAAUGCUACCAGCCCUGGGAUAUAGGUGAUGGUAGAGAGAGUAUCCCUUGCAAAAGAACACACAAAAAAGCCGCGUGACCUCCGGAUCCCGACUCAGUUGGCGCUACGCCGUUGAUCCGGAAGGAAAUAUCUUGACGCAAGUAUUCAUCGGCCCCAAAGUCCUUACGCUGGCCGGCAGACGUCAGCGGUUCGAGUUUUGAUUAAUGCCGUAGCGUUUUUCGCGCGUGAACGACAAACGACUUUAGGAAGUGUGCGCGUUAUUUCGAGGCGGCGAUGGUGGAAAUGAGAUUGGAAAAAUAACAAUCGAACCGUGAUGAAAAACAACACACUGGAUUAUGCAUGGACUCUGGAAAUCGUGUUAUCGGUGAACUUCUUGAUGGGAUGUUGUGAAUAAUUUGUUUGCUGGGCAGGCAGGCAGCCGCCGGUUGACUGACAAGUGAACUUGAAAGUCAGUCAGUCGGUCUGUUGGCAAGUGUAGUGUGUAAAUUGCCUAUCGAUUUGAAAUAUCGUGAUUCCCGCCGUUUCGCUGUUUGCCAAGAUACGUACAAUUCGUGGAGAGCAUGACUUGGAACACGCACUGAAACGUAAGACAGAUUGUGAUGCGAACGAUUCGAAUAGUGCCGCCAUCGCUUACCAUUAGUGAGUUCACCAACAAAGAGGAAACCUCGGAAAGUGCAAGUGGUUUGUGGAAAAAGUGGAACACAUCCCCAUAUUGAUUUCCCCCCGUAUAGUGGGCGGCGUGUCAGUGACAAUUUUUGUGGUGCUCCAAAUCGUCGAUCAAUCAACCAACGACCAUCAUGAGGGGAACCAGUACUGGAUCCGGUGGUGCAUUGUCGACGUCGAAGCGAGUGCUCACGGCUGUCAGCACGCACAAUAUGCUCGGCAAUCAUACGGUGUCGUACUACAAUGUCUCCAGUAGUAAUUCGAGCAGUUUGCGAGGUUCCGGCCAUCACCACCAGGGAUUGCAAACGCUGCGACCGGGAGCGAAUAUGCAUGGGAAUGUUAACGUCAUGCUGGGCGGGGCAAUGCUUUCUGUGGUAAUCACGGUGUUAUGCUUCGUAUGCUACUGUUGCCAUCGGAACAUCAAAAAACGAUCCAACUCUAUCUACCGACAGCAGUGGUUGGAGAACGAAGCCAAUAUGGAGAUUUACAGUGUGGAACAGUGCUACGACACCCCAACCGGAUACGGCCCAUCCCUCGUUGGAAUCGACGAUAACGGCCUCAGUGCAAAUCGCUGCGGUUCCUACUUCAUGGAAAACGGCCCUACAAAUGACUAUCAACCACUACCGUCCACUGCUACUGCUGCUACCACAAAUCAACAACAUCAGUACUCCCACAUCUUCAAUGGCCCCCGCCCAGCUACGAUGCCGUCCUGGCUCAGGAUGAACUGGCCGCUACGUCCAAGUCCCGUCCGAAAAGUUCCGACCCAAGUGCGGCCUCCUCAGACGGGGAGUCGAACUCCCGAGGACUGUCGGCCAAGUUGGAGCGACUUUUGAACGAUCCCGUUGGGAAUCAACGCCGCAAGCGAGACCUGGGGCCGGAUUUCACCGACCUGGGCCGGAUGAUCAGCUUGCCCGGAUGUGACGAAAUUGGCAAUUGCAGCUGCCCGUUGAGUGACAGUUUGCAAGUGUACUGCCGCAAGUGUGGCCAAUACGUAGACGGAGGGCUGGUGCAGAAUCAUGUGAACAACAAUCAGCUCGUGGGUUGCGAGGCGAUAACGGGCCAAUCAGGGGAGGAUUAUGGCGGCGGUGGCAAUACCAAUUGGGCCGGGUCAACCGCAAUUGCCUGUGACAAUCUGAUGGACUGCGACGGAGACAAUAAUGGCAACAGCAUUCAGAUUAGCACCGGUGACAAUGGAAUCACCUACCGCAGCAUCAGUAGCGGUAGCGCACUCAAUGAGCUGCUAUUACAAGAUUUACAAUUUCAUUCACCAGAUACGGCAGCCGGCGAACGUAGCAAUGAGUGGAACUGCUGCACCAGUCGCGAUGACGCCCGGCAUAAUGAGGAGAAUAAUAAUAAUCUCCCUUCGGGUGCAUCGCUGUCAUCACCCGUCAUAAGGUACAUCGGGGAAACUGUACCAGCGGGAACAACACCAAUCGACGCUACGGCAGCAGACAGGGCACCCGUUGGAGAUACCGCCGGCAAUAACGCUAAUAGCCCUAACAACAAUCACGAACCGGCGCAAACCACCAUUGAUGAUGACGGUGAGGUAGGUCCAAACGAUGAAGACCAUAAAUCAGCUGAUAAUGACGACGAUGACGGUGGCGACACUUUUCGGAACCUGGCCGAGAAUGGACUCGUUCGGCUGGAUAUGAGCCAGAUCAUCGAUCAAACGGGGCUGCCGACGUAUGAGGCGGCCCUGCGACUGGAAUCCAGUGGAUAUGUUUGAGGGACGGAGGAAGAGUUGUGAUGGCGGCGACAGGAACGUUGACGAAGAAGAGCGGACGUAAAUCACAAGUGAUGGCCUUUAAUCGUUUUAGGGCAUGGACUUAGUAUUAAAUCAUGUUUUAGGAAGUAAGUACUGCACCCCAAUGUG